AUGCAGGCGGUGGUAAAAUCGGAGAGAAACAACGAUAACUGGAGCAAACAGACAAACACAGAAGAUGUUUACAUCCCUGCAAUGUUUAAAGAAGAACCUGAUAGGACUCCUAGAUUUGUUAAAAUAAAACUAGAGCCUGGUGCGCAAACUUCCGAAAGAUCCAACGAUACAAAAAAUGUUGACAUCCAUGAAAUAAGUAAAAUACAACCAGCACCUGUGAGGACGGUGGUAAAGGCGGAGAAAAGCGGCAAUAACGUCAGCAAAGAAACAAAAGAUUCACUUAAUAAUCCUAAAAAAUGGGAUACGAAUGUGAGGAUAAAAACGGAACCACAUACACCGGCUUCCGGAGGAACGUAUUCUAACAAAGGUAGAAAUGAUUGCAGUGAUGUCGAACCAAUCUCCAUUAAAAAUGAGCCACCAGACUCUGAAGAAGACUUUAAACCUAAUAUUCCAAAUGAGGAGUUUAAACAAGACGAGCCCGAACUGAAAAAUACAAAGCACACACAAAAGUUAAAUGUUAAUAAAGAUCACAUUCCAUUUAAAGAAGAAAAAGAACAAGGAGUGCUGGCAACCAACAAAAUCUGCGCCGACCGCAAAGAAAAUCUGGCUAAUAGCAUUCAUCAAGCGAAGAAAGAAAUAAUAAGGGAAACGCACAACGGGAAAGAAGAAAAGAAAACCACAGCAAUUCAAGAAGGAACCGCAAAUGUAAAGAAUGUAACUGCUGCUACUGCAGCUGCGAAGAACACAGGACCACCAAUUCACCCGAGCAUAGCUAAGCAAGCUAAGAAGAAACCUGGGGCGCCUCUCACAGAUAAACAAGUCAUCCAGCAGAUGAAACUGCUGCGCAAGUGGGAGUACGGCCAGGACGACCUCUACAGUAUGGACGAACACAACACCAAGGCCCUGGACGAUGAGAUGGCAGAACUGGACAAGUUGUUUACCGAAGAAUGCUUAAACCCCGCCGAUCAGCAAGAAACCAUAAUCUGCAAACUCCUCUCCACCGACAGUCUGAACGACUUUAACAAGACAAUCCGCCUCUACAUAACCAAGCGCAUCCUGAACAUCCAAACCGGUUUAGCCAUCCGCAUGUUCGCGUCCGGCAAACCCCCUAAGAAAGAGGCGGUCUUGCAGUACCUCAAGAAACACAAGAUUCAGGCGGCGGCGGUCAAGAAAAGCGUUAAAGGCGCCAUGUUUAUGGUCAAUCUUACCCGGUUCGAGGACUUUGACAAGCUGUGCAAUAUAGACAAUGACGUCAUUGAUGGCAUCCCAAUAAACUUCAAAGCUUUGCACCUUAUCGGGCCGCCGCCAAAAAUAAGCAAGAACCAGAUCAAAUCCAUGCGUCAAAAAGCGAUCGAAAAUCAAAUACAGGGCUUGGACAUGGCCGAAUUGGAAGACGUGGACUUUGGAGGCACAGGGGACGGUGGCGCGGGGGACACAUGGGACGGUGACGCGGGGGACAAAUGGGAAGAUGACGCAGGGGACACUGGUAACGGUGACACAGGGGACAUGGACACAGGAUUUGUCGCUGAGGAAGAUUUUACGGGAGACAAUUUCGCAGGGGAAGAUUUCUCUAAAGAUGUUGUGAAAACUGAAAACGCGAUGGGUUUCGCGGAGGAGGUCAAUAUAGAAAACAUUAAUGAGGAGGAUUUGGAGGACUUCUAGCUUUAAGUUCACCUUUAGUAUAGUCAGCA